UGUAAACAUCAAAGAGCGAGAACUAGGGAGUUUUUACAUAGUGACAUUAUUUGGCGAUUUUACCUCUUUUUGAUCCCGUUUACCGAGAGUUUGUCAGGUUACAGCGAUCAGGAAUUAGUAAGAUAGUGAUGGGGAUGCGGUGAAGUGUUUAAAAACUUAGACUAAAGCAUUUUGAAAUUGAUGCGCACGUGUAAAUCUAUACUAUAGAAUCCAUGGAGUUGUGAAGUGAAAUUUAAUAUAUUACUGCAAAACUAGAAAUGUAUACAAAAAGUGAUACUGAUUUUUUCCCUGCAGAAAUCUGAGAAAGGAAGUGAUGUUUAAUAUAUUAAAAAUGUGAGCUGUGUCCUCAGAAGGAUGGAGCAUUAAAACGGACAGACACCGGAGUUGCAUGGUGUCACGUGGUUUGUGCGCUCUUUAUUCCUGAGGCCUGGUUUGCGAAUGUUCAAACAAUGGAACCUAUUGUACUGAAAAAUGUACCACCGGAGAGAUUUAAUAAGGUGUGUUAUAUCUGUGAGGAGAAUGGACGACAAGAGAAGUCUAACUCGGGGGCCUGCAUGCAGUGUAAUAGAAAUGGCUGCAAAAUGAACUUCCAUGUCACUUGUGCCCAGGCACAAGGACUUCUAUGUGAGGAGGCUGGGAACUACGGCGACAAUGUUAAAUAUUGCGGAUAUUGUGUCCAUCACUACAAAAAGCUGAAGAGGGAUGCCAACAUAAAGCAGAUCCCUGCCUUCAAGCCAAUUCCUGCUGAUAAUGCUAGCCCAGAGAAGACUGACAAGCUUGGCCCAAUCUCCACAGACACUCGCAUCAAAGUGAGCUCUACCUCCACAGAGACCCGUGUCGUUAAGAGAGGAAACAAGGCAGAAACAAAAGAAGUCUUUAAUAAUCUAGGUUAUCACCUGCCCAGCACUGAGAAAGAGAAGCAGCCCGCCACGCCCCCCUUAUCGAAUGCCAGCAGCGGGAUUGGAACUUCAACGAUGUCAGAGACAUCAACCAUCAGUCCUACAGAAUCCCCCAAUCAGGAAGAGGACACCGAGAAUGGAACAUUUCCUACGUGUCCAGCCUCCAUAAAAGACAGACAUGUGCUUCAUCGAUCUGUGUCAUCGGGAAGCUUGUCCUCGGUACAAAGUGCUGAUCUAAGAUUAACCAGUGAAGCGGGACCAAUGUUUUUGCCCUCGGGUAGUCUAGGUGGUGAAGCGUUUAGUGGAAGCUUUACAGGUUCUUUAGACAGUUUUAUUACAAGUGCUGCUAAUAAACUUGCAACAACGGCCAAAACUGCCUCGCAGAGUGAUAAUGAAAUUGACCAGGCUGCAAAUAGGUCAAGAUCUCAAGAAAAAUUCGAAAAGAAGUUGAAAAGAACGAAACAGCUGAACCCCACAGGGAACAAGAAAAUGAAUCGGAACCCCUCGACUGACAGCAAAGACUCAUCUCCCCCUCUGUCUCGGAAAGUCCGCAGAAAACCGGAAAUCACCACACCAAGUCUAGGGGCCAACUCCGGCCUGAGCCUGAAUAACUUCUCGGUGUUUGGAGGAAGCCCACAUUUUCAGAGUCUCACCGCCCCAGGGCCACUCACCUUCUCCUUUACACAGAACGCUUCGGCCUCGGCGCUCGGGUCCUGUAACGAUCCUGCUGACGGGGCGUGUGGACCACCCAAGCUAUUUCCUAGUUUGCAGAGUCCUGAGAAGGAGCCUCCGAACGGAGAUUUUCCGACGUCCCUAGAGCAGUUGUUAGAGAGGCAGUGGGAACAGGGAUCUCAGUUCCUGAUGAAGCAAGGAGAACAUUUUGAUAUAGCCUCCCUUCUCCAUUGUUUGCACCAAUUAAAAUCGGAGAACCAGCGAUUAGAGGGUCAUAUCCAGUCGCUGUCCACUCGUCGGGAACAUCUACUGGCAGUGAAUGCUCGGUUGGCUAUUCCAUUUACCUCCCCACUACAUGCAGAUUCAUUCCUGUCCUCGGAAAAAAAUGCAGACAGCAAAAAUAUGGAGCCUUCACUAGUUCAGGAUGUUACCUGUCUUACAGCUGACAACCCUCUCCUAGCAGGGGCCACUACCACAGUUGCCAUGACAAUGCCUGUCUCUUCCCUCUCAACUGUUACAUCAUCAUCCAGUGGGAGUCAUUCUGUACAGACCUCAUCAAUAUCAAAUACUCCACUGACGACAGGCUCCAUACCGGUAUCCAUGGAGACGGGAUCAGUUUCUUCAUCGCCUCCUGACAAGAGCAAGCUGGAUGUGACUUGAACUGAAAUGUCAUGAUAUCAUUAAAUUUUGUUUUAAUAUAAUAUAUAUGUUACAUGUAUUUAAUUGAUAAUAAAAAUGUCUUUGAACCUC